AUGAUGAUCCAUUUUCAGCACCUCCAACAAACAUUUAUCAUUUAUUUUGUUUCUUAUAGAGACAAAUUUGAAAACCUUUUAAAACUGCAGAAAUUACUGGGGCUUCAGUGCAGCCAUUUCCUCAGGAGGAGUGAUAUCAUGGAUUCCUUAAAGAAUGAGAAUUUCGACUUGGUGAUAGUUGAAAGUUUUGACUACUGUACAUUCCUGGUUGCUGAGAAGCUUGGGAAGCCAUUUGUGUCCAUUCUUCCUACCACUUUUGGCAUGGUGGACUUUGGGCUACCAAGUCCCGUGUCUUAUGUUCCAAUAGCUCAUUCCUUGCUAACCGACUGCAUGGACUUCUGGGGCAGAGUGAGGAACUUUCUGAUGUUCUUUGGUUUCUCCAUGAGGCAAUGGCAAAUCCUCUCUACUUUUGACAACACCAUUAAAGAACACUUCCCAGAAGGCUCUAGGCCAGUUUUGUCUCAUCUUCUAAAGAAAGCAGAGCUGUGGUUUGUUAACACUGACUUUGCCUUUGAAUUUUCUCGGCCUCUGCUUCCCAACACUGUGUACGUUGGAGGCUUGAUGGCCAGACCUAUUAAACCAGUACCACAAGAAUUUGAGACUUUCAUUGCCAAGUUUGAAGAGUCUGGUUUUGUCCUUGUGGCCCUAGGCUCCGUGUUUAACAUUGCUCAGUUCCAGAAGAGUCUUAAGGAGAUGAACAGUGCCUUUGCUCGUCUCCCUCAAGGGGUGAUAUGGAAGUGUAAUCCUGCCCAGUGGCCCCAAGAUGUCAAGCUGGCAGCAAAUGUGAAAAUCGUGACGUGGCUUCCUCAGAAUGACCUUUUGGCUCACCCUCGCAUCCGUCUUUUUGUCACCCAUGGUGGGUUGAAUAGUGUAAUGGAGGCCAUCCAACAUGGAGUGCCCAUGGUGGGUGUUCCCAGCUUUGGGGACCAGCCUGAAAACAUGGUCCGAGUAGAAGCCAAAAAGCUUGGCGUCUCUAUCCCGUUCAAUCAGAUCAAGGCUGAGACAUUGGCUCUGAAGAUGAAGCAAGUCAUAGAAGACAAGAGGUACAAAUCGGCAGCGGUGGCCGCCAGCGUCAUUAGGCGCUCCCACCCCCUGACCCCCGCCCAGCGGCUGGUGGGUUGGGUCAACCACAUCCUCCAGACAGGGGGAGCGGCCCACCUCAAACCCCACGCUUUCCAGCAGCCCUGGUAUGAGCAGUACCUGCUGGACGUCUUCUUAUUCCUGCUGGUGGUCCUCCUGGUCACCGUGUGGCUCUGUGGGAAGCUGCUGGUCAUGGUGGCCAGGUGGCUGUGUGUGGCCAGGAAGCUGAAGAAGGCCUGAUGCACAGUGUAGCCUAGGUGUGCAUGUGUGUGU